GGGUUUCCUUGGAUUGUAACAGUUACAUUGUAACGUGGUUGGAAGAUACAUCCAUCAUCACCAGUAAUUUUUAUUUUAGAUUCGCACCAUGCGGGAAGCCCCACCAUCGGACCGGGCGCUCGGAUAACUUUCCUUGACAUUUCCCCGCCAAACAUAAAUUUUAGAAGCUAUCAGGCUAUCAGGUUAUCUACCGCGGUUUAAGAUAUUCUACCUACGUAAUCUAAACUUUUCCCUCAACACAGUUCAGUCCAAAGAAGGGAGAAGCACAAUAGGACAACUUCAGGACAAUGUCGAUUUCAAACGAAGCACUGCAGAAGUUGCUGCGCGAGGUUGAGACGCAGGCAAUCGCCGCGCAACAGCAAAUUUCCCUUGUCCGAACACAGCAAGCAUCGAAGCAGCGCGAACUCCGAAUGGCGCAAUUAACGCGAACCGAAAUCUCUUCGUUACCAACGGAUACAAAUGUUUACGAAGGAGUUGGCAAGAUGUUUGUCGCGCUACCCGUUCCCGACAUGAAAAGCAAACUUGAGGGCCAAAUUAAGGAGGCAGAGGGUGAGGUGGAUGGACUAGGCAAGCGGCUACACUACCUGGAGGUGUCGCAGAAGAACAGCAAAGAUCAGAUUGAUCGGAUGUUAAGAGGCGGUGUCGGCGCUUCCUAGGUUAUGCUUGGUCGGGCCGGGUCACAGGAAAAGAGACCAUAUAACUGCAUUCAUAUGGCGGUCGGCGUAGUAGUAUGGAUAGGAAAUUGUUUGCCUGGUCUUGCAAACAUUUGCAUGCCUGGUUCUAGAGACAGCGCUUAAGCAACACGGUCACGACCCGACCCGUUGGGUAAUCCCCCUGAUUGGAGGCAUUUGCCGAGUCUACGGUACACCAACAUAACCAAUCACCUUUGUACCCGAAUCUCGGAACGAGGCUUUCUAUAAGUUAUGUUUAUAUAAGUAUAAGGCAAGAAGAGGUGACACCUAU